AUGAACACAAACGACAUGUUGAUGACUAUUUACAACGAACAAGAAAUGACUCCGGAAAACGAUGUAAGAAAAAGAGAAUUUUCGGAUCUGGGUGAUUCUCCAUUAUUUGAUGAAGAUGAUGAAGGCAGACCUUUGGAACCUAAAAAGAGAGCCUUCGGAGAUUCCUCCUUUUUACACGGAAGCAGGACUUUGAUAUUGGCUCUUGGAUCCAACAAGACUGUACCAACAGUAAGAUUUUUGGCUUCCAAGAUGCCGUUCCCAGAAUCUGUUUUGAAGUACUUCUUUUUGAAGGACCAUGUUAUUGUAGAGUUUGUAGAUUCACACUAUGCUCUCAAAUUUCUCUACAUGUACUACGACACCGGUAUUCAGUGUGAAGAUGGCUCUGUUAUUACAGUUGAAUUUGCCAAAAAUCAAGGAGAAGGUAUUGAUGUGGUGAUGCCUUCAAUCAGUGACAGACAACAAUCUGCAGAGGGAGGAAAAGUAUUAUUUUGUCUCAUUUACAACCCGUUCCCACUUGAAAAUUUUGAAAAGCACGGUAAUGUAGUUAAGCUGAUCGAACUUCCUGAACUAGACCGAGUGAAGAGGGUAAUUAUGGAGUUCAAGACAGAGGUUGACUUUAACAACACAUUUGAAAAACUAAAGAAUCAUCAGUCUCUCAAGCUAUACAAAUCAAAAAUACCCUAUCUUGCAGAUUUAAACCAAAUAGAAAGUACUCAAAACACACCAGCAUCCAGCUCAACCUCUCCUAUGGUUGACAAUACUUCAAACGAAUCCAAGCCUACCAGUUGUGUCAUUCAAGCAACAGGCUUCACCUCUCACAAAGUAAAUUGUGACACCAUGUUUAUUCUAUUUGGUGUGUAUGGUGAUGUCCUUAAAACUAAGGUUAAUUUCAAUACUCCAACUCCAUGUGCAUUUGUCGAAUUCAAGAACGAAGACGGAGCUGCAAGAGCAAUUCGAUUUUUGGGAAAGAAUGGAACUCCUUGCCCUCUCUACAAUGAUCUUAUACAGGUUUCCUAUGCUCCAUUUUCAACUCUAGAAGAGCCAACAAGUGUAGAAGAAGGAGAAGAAUUUAAAGCCUAUCUUGGAUCUCCUCUUCACAGAUUCACAAAGGGAAGUGCCACGGGAAGAAUCAAAAACAUUGAUCACGUUUAUCCUCCAAACAGAGUUUUAUGUAUUAGCAAUAUUAAUUUUAAUAGCCAGAGUAGCACUAUCGAAUCAGAAUUUUUGAAAUAUAAUCUUAAAAUAGAAAAUAUCAAAUUCUUUGGACACAAGCAAAAGUUAGGAACUAAGAUGGCCCUAAUUUCAUUUCCAACCUUAAAUGAUGCAGUUACAGCACUUGUGGAAUGUCAUGACAUCAAAAUUGAUGAUUAUCAUAUUAAUAUUAACUUUGCUGAUAACAAUGCUAAUAACAACAACUUCAUGAUGAUGAAUAGAGUUCCUUACAAUGCCAUGAACCGUAACAUGGGAAUGCCACACCAACGACACUAUUCACCAAUGGGUACCUAUACACCAUUUGCUGCCUCAGGACAUGCUUUGGCUUUCCCUCCAGCUGGUAGCCCACAGUUCCAGAAUUUUGUUUAUACUCCAAGAGGAAGAGGUGGCACAGCAUAUAGAGGAAAUACAAUGGUAAAUAGAGGAAGAGGAAGAGGAAACUAUAGCAACUAUAAUGACAACAAUUAUCAAAAAGAGAAUACCAAUGACGACAAUAAUGCUGAUAAUACUAAAUAUCAAUAA